AUGGCACGAAUACACCUGCUUGUCCGGUUGGCGGCGACAGCCAUCCUGUAUCCGAUAGCAGCGGCGAGGUUCUGGACUGUUACAAAAAUAUAUGUCUUAAACCCAGUUGCCUUCCCUUCUGGUUGCGACCAGUCUGGCGCAACGAAUCAACCAUGCACCACAACGCGACUUGGAGAUCCUUUCCUGGCCACACAUACAACCCAGCCACCCGACGCAACACCGAUAACAACCUCGAAAAACACCUACGACGGCUGGGAUCUGGAGGUAAUCGAGUAUUACUACCCCGCCGGCGCGCUCCCCCGCUCCGAGCUGCAGGCAGACGCCGGCGACUACCAUUACACUUACUCGUACGGGCACACCACCAAGUGGCUUGUCGACUUGACAUUUACCGUCCCGACCCCCUGCCCGACCCCCUCGCAAUCAUAUACCACAAAGGUCAAUCUCGAGUAUCUGCAAUAUCUUCCGCCAGACCUCACACCUCUUCUAAGUUCAAAGGCCACCCUUGAAAAACGGGAGGUUAUCACGUCCACAAGAACUAUUGUUACUUGGACUACUGCCGGCAGCUAUGUGACAGUCACCGAGACCUCCUACUACACAUCUGCGACGCUGCACGUCAAAGCAACCGACGUCGCGCCAGCACCAAUCCAGAUGCUGAGAGAGCGGGUUUCGAUGGACUACUACCUUGAACGAUGUUCCCUCCCGGGCGAAGAGGAUCACCGGAUCGAGAAUUGUCCGCACCAGGCUUUCGGACGCUGCAGCAAGAUCCCAGAAGGGCCCGCCGUUAUCCUUGCCAUCGUCGGGACCCUCUUUGUUCUAGGUUUUAUCGAGAAUCUUUUUUGGUUCAGGAGGUUGAUGCUGGGCCAGUGGGCUCUUCGGUGCGGGACGGUGUGCUGGUGGUUCGUCGCCACGUUGCUCAUGAUCUUUGUCACCAGAUACGAAGUCGGCAGGGAUCCUGAGGACCAGGAGGAACUGAGGAGGCAGUGGAAGGAGAUGUCAUUUUGGUUGAAGAUGAAGCUGUGGCUUCAGUGGGGGUUUCGGCUUAAGUAUCCUGAGCGUUGGCUGGGGCCUAGAAAGCCGGUUAGUGGAGGCGAACGUAUUGAGAUGGGGAUAGAUGGAGGAGGGAACGGAGGCGGGAACGGAAGCGGUAGCGGUGGUGGUACUGGGGGGGCUCGGGCGAGAGAGCAGGUGGAACACGAUGAUACACCUUUGCCACCUUAUCCUGGCCCUCCUUCUUCAAGUGUCAGCGAUGGGCAUUCGAUGAACAGCGGGACGACAGCUGCUACUCGGAAGCCGGUGUUAGGCAAUCCAAAUGCAGUACUUGGAUCUGGGCUGGGUUCUAACACUGUGGUCAUUGGGUCGAGGAUGAGUCCAGGUCAGCAACAAACAGCUGCUUCUCCACGGCGACAAGACACGGACGAGGGUACCGCGGAUGGUGGCAUCAGGGCUGUUUAA